AUGUCCGGUAGUAAACUGGACGUUAUUUGGUCACCCAUUCAUCAUGAUAAGUUUAUUGUAUGGGGACAAGAUAUAACCUUAUACGAAGUUUCUCGUCUUCAAGAUAUUGAUAAAAAGAGUAUUUAUACUCAAUUAUCGUCACAAAGUGGGGCAAUAGUGGUAGCAUCACAGAGUGGAAGUGGAGUUCGCUGUGUAGAUAUUAGUGCUAUAGUUGACCAACCAGACCCUCUGCUGGCAUUAGGGCAUGCUAGUGGAAAAGUCACAUUGACAAGUCUAAAACAAACAUAUGAUCCCUUGGGUCUAGUGGGCCGAGAAUUUGUGGCAAAGUUCCCCCGGCCAUGCAAUUCAAUAUCAUGGAGCAAAUCAGAAACAAACCUAGUAGCUGUGGGAAUGGAAAAGCAUAGAAAUGAUCACUGUAUAUUGCUAUGGGAUGUCAACACCUAUGGAUCAGAUGAGUAUGCUGCUGAAAACUCUCCACCCUCUGUGACAUCACCUGCCCACCCAAUCGCAGAAGUAGGUCUUGGUGAGACAGCGCACACAGUGGGGUGGUGUAGCUUUUCACCCAGAACCCUUGUUGCAUCUAUGAAUUUGAAACACAUUAAGAUCUUCGAUCUUAGAGAGGGAUACUCGCGCAGCAGCAGUAUGACGAGCAGCCGGCAGUGCCUGGGCGUGGCGGGCGCGCCGGCGGGCUACCGGCUGGCGUCGCGCGGGGACGCGGGCGCCGCCGUGUGGGACGCGCGCGCGCUGCGCCGCCCGCUGCUGGAGCUGCCGCUGCCGCGCCCGCCGCGCCGCGUGCUCUGGUGCCCCUCCAGGCCCAACCUGCUGAUCUCGCUGCAGCGCGACUCGGGCUCGCUGCGCCUGCACGACAUCCAGCAGGCGCAUGACUCCUCGCUGCAGCACUCCUUCGAAAGCGUGGAAUUAUUAGACACCACUAACGAAUGUUUAAGUGCUUUGAGAAACUUGGAUAUAGAUGUCAGUAGUUGGGAUGUUAUCAUUAUUUAUAUGAUUAGCCAAAAACUCGAUCCACAGUCCAGAAAGGAAUGGGAACUCUACAUAGGAGAUGUUUCACAAGAAUUACCUAAACUAAGUCAAUUUAAUGAUUUUUUGGAACAUAGAUAUAGGGCAUUGGAGUUUAUAGAUCCAAAAAUGAAUAAACAAUACACUCGUAAUAAUGAUAUAAAGGCACUUCAUGUCUCAAAUGCAAUCUCUUGUGGUUAUUGUUCUGGAGACCAUAAAUUAUAUAAUUGUAAAAAGUUUGCUAAUGAAGAUGUUCACUCACGUCGUAAUUUUGUCCAACUUAAAAGGUUAUGUUUUAAUUGUCUCGGACUGAAUCACUCGGUAUAUUCGUGUCGACAGUCUACCAGAUGUCGUAUAUGUAAGAGAAAACACCAUUCUCUUCUGCAUACUACGGAACCUUCUAAAUCAGAUGAGGAGAUCAAAGCUGUUAAGUCGGUUAGGGAAGUUUCAUCAACCUCCUCACAAAGCGAGACCGAUAAUGUAAUUUCUUGCCAUUCAAAUAUUUUUAGCCAAGUUUUACUUGCAACUGCUAUGGUAAAAAUUAAGGCGAGGAAAGGUAAUUUUAUACUGUUUAGAUCUUUAUUAGAUCAAGGAUCGCAGGCGUCAUUUAUUACUGAAGCUGCAGUCCAAAUGUUAGGGUUAAGAAAAAUACCUAAUAGGAGUAUCAUAUCAGGGAUAGGUGGAGAGGAAGAAUCUAAACUUUCUUCAAAAGCGAUGGCGUCGGCCACCGCCGCGGUGGAGGAGUGCGAGCCGGAGGAGGAGAGCGGCGUGCUGGAGCGCGACGUGGCCGUGAGCGCGGUGCCGCUGGCCGCCUUCGCCUGCCACCCGGCGCGCCGCGCACUGCUCGCGCUCACCGUCAACGGCGCGCUGGUGGAGCAGGCGGUGACGGAGCGCGCCACGGUGGCGUGGGGCGCGGGCGGCGCGCUGGCGUGGGCGGCGGGCGGCGCGCUGCGGCGCAUGGGCCCCGCCUUCUACGCCGCCACGCGCGACAUCUCGCAGGUGGCGCGCGCGCGCGCGCUGCGGGACUACGGCCUCAAGCCUGAUCUGUGGCAAAACGCAGAACUCGCCGACGACGAGGCCGUCAGCGGACUGUGGCACUUCCUCGCGCUCAGCAAGUCGCUCGUCGAAGAUGGCUGCAUCCGCAACAGCCCCACCAAGCACCCCGGCGUGAAGACCGUGCUGCGCUCCCCCGGCGAGGGCUACCGCUCCGAGCCUGUGGCCACGCUGCUGCCCGACCUGCCCGCGCGCAAGGUCACCACCUACCGCUCCGCCGAGCGCACGCGCGCGCUGCAGCUGUGCGGCUGGGGCUGGGGCUGGGACAGCGCCGGCGCCGGCGUGGAGCGCGCCGAGGCCGAGGGCGCGCCAGCGCGCGCCGCCGCACUCGCCGCCUUCCACCUGCGCCUGCGCGCCGCCGUCGACGUGCUGGCACGCGCGCGCGAGCCCGCGCUGCGCGUGGCCGCGCUGGCGCUGGCGCCCGCUGCCGCGCCUCCCGCCGCCGCCGCCGCCGCGCCCGACGAGCGCCUGUGGCGCGACGCGCUGGCCGCCGCCGCGCCCGCGCUGCCCGACGCCUACCUGCGCGCGCUGCUGCACUUCGUGGCCGCCGCGCUGCCCGCCGCGCCCGCCGCCGCGCCCGACUACACCGCCGUGCUGGCCGAGACCGGCAUGCGGCUGGAGGACCGCGUGGCGUUCGCGUGCGUGUACCUACCCGACGGCAAGCUGCACGAGUACGUGGCGCGCACGGGCGAGGCGCUGCGCGCGCGCGGCGCGCUGGGCGCGCUGCUGCUGACGGGCGUGGGCGCUGAGGGCGUGGGUGCGCUGCAGCGCUGGCUGGAGCGCAGCGGCGACGUGCAGACGGCGGCGCUGGUGGCGGCGCGCUGCGCGGGCGCGGAACUGCUGCGCGACGAGCGCGUGGCGGGCUGGCUGGCGGCGUACCGCGCGCUGCUGGACGCGUGGCGGCUGUGGUGGCCGCGCGCGCUGCUGGACAGCUGGGUGGCGGCGGCGGGCGGCGCGGCGGCGCGCGAGGGCGCGGGCGCCGGCGUGGCCUGCACCUACUGCGGCAAGCCCGUGGCGGCGGCGCACGCGCGCCCGCGCCCCGCUUUCGCGCGCCUGCCGCCGCCCGCCGCCAAGAUGAAGCAAAUAUCGUCGUGUCCGAACUGCCGCAAGCCGCUGCCGCGUUGCGGCGUGUGCUCGCUGCACCUGGGCACGGGCGCGGUGGGCGUGACGGCGCUGGCGUCGCCGCCCGCGCCGCCCGCCCUGGCCACGCCGCCCGGCGCCCCCGCGGGCGGCGCGCCCUUCGGCAGCUGGUUCAGCUGGUGCGUGGCGUGCCGGCACGGCGGACACGCCGCACACCUGCUGCAGUGGUUCAGCGAGCACUCGGAGUGCCCGGUGAGCUCUUGCACGUGCCGUUGCGCCGCGCUGGACCCGCCCGACCCCGCGCCGCCCGCGCAGCCGCCGCCGGCGCCGCCCGCGCCGCCCGCGCCGCCCACGCCGCCGCUCGCCGCGCCCUCGUUACACCUC